AUGAGGGGACAUGUAAUGGAGAGAGAUGAAUGCUAUUGUCCAGCCCUGCUGAGGCUGAAGUCUUGCAACUUUCACGCUCAACGGCACACAACGAUGAUGUACGGUACGCACUCAGCUCAUCGUUGCGAACAAGCAUCAACCUUGAAAAUGUUCAGAACCUUGCAAAUGUCCGCUGCAAUCAAUUUCCACAAACACAACGAUAUCAAGAGCAUACAAACAAUCUUACUCAGCAGUACAGCACCGACUAUCCAACAGCAUCCAUCAACGUCACGCCUCCUCAACUCGUGCGCUUCAUCCUCAACGACUCACUCACUACAAUACAAUAGAUGCAUGAAUCUCAGCCCCGUGGUCACAGCCUGUCUAUCUCCCCUGCGCAUCCAUCCCUCAUUCAGUCCCAACCACGUGCAGCCGACCACACCCUUUUACCUGUGCCCUUAA